UUUGAAUUAUCUAAAAAUUAAUUUUUAUUUUUGAAUUAUCUCAUACAUUUUUGAUUUUAAUUUUGCUUUUGCAAUCAACUGAUUGGCACAUACCUGUAAUUUCCAAUAUGGAGAAACUUACCGAAAGAGAAAGUGAUACAGUGUCGUAAACCUCUAGUAAGUUCGUCACCGUUGAGAGUGAGAUUUGUUAGUCAACGUUUCGCUCGUCGACAGUGGCAAGCUGCAGAUAUUUAACGUGUUCUCAAAACAAAUUAACCAAGAAGUUAAUUUAAUUUUUAAUUAUUUAGAUUAUUGUUUUUAUAAAUGUGUUAGUUUUCCAAAUUAGCCUUAUCUAAGUUUAAAAAUUAAUUUUAGAAACUUUCAUAUUGCGAUAAAUGAGAACAUGUUGCAAAUAUUAAUGAUUCUCUCGUUUAUUUGCUCGUUGGAUUUACUGAGUGCCCGUCCUGCGGAAGAACCUAUAAAAUUCACUUUUGACAACAUACGAAAUAAUACAGAAAACACUAUACCUUCAAAAUCGGAAGAAAGAAAGGAAAUAUUAGAACAUGUUGCUGAUGCUAUUAGAAUUGGCCAAGGAAGAUUUAUCAAUUUGAUAAUAUUAACCAGAAACAUCAUUGCCAAUCGAGCAAAGAUAAACAAUGAAUUCCGGAAUAAUUUUGAUCAAUUAAUUAUUAAAUCUGACAAACUUCAGAGUCGCAGAUCUAUACCACCGAUACGAAGUACAACGCCAAUUAUUUUAUUUCCUCCAAUGGAGCAAGAGACAAUUCGUUUAGAAAAUGAGACUGCCCAAGCCAUUUUGGAAAGACGAAAACCUGACAACAUUAGACAACUUUUGAAUAGAUUCUUGACUCCAAAGCCACUUGUUGAUCGAAUUAAAGAAGAAGAAAAAUAUGGUAAUACUGGAGAUAAAUUCACCGGAGUCGAAAAAGCGGUUAUUAAUGGUUAUGAGAAUUUCAGUAACUUUUUGAAUCUUCUAACGGACUUUCCUGUCGGUAUUGCCAAACAAACUUCUCGAGGAAUAACGGAGAUAUUGAAUGAAUUAGGAGCACGAAUCAUUGGACUCCAAUAAUAAAUAUAAUAGAAUAUAUACACACGCUUAAUUAAUUAAGUGAUGUAUAUAAAUUAAAUAAAAUGUUAUAUAUUAGAGGAAAAGAGGGGUGGAACUUUAUACCUCAUUUACAUUUUGUACAAUAAUUUUGUUAAUAAACAAUAUUUUAAAUUGAAAACUUAAUAUUUCUAUUUAUCAAUGUAUUGUUUAAUCGAUUGUAGGCUCAAAAUUAUAAAAUAUUUAUUUCUUAGGAUGCUAUUUAUGUAACGACACUGCAAAA